AUGUUUAAAAGCGUCAAAGCAAAAAUUAUUGCAAGAUGGGCUUUUAAUACAAAAAAUUGGAUUCCUACAACUAAAGAAUACGAUCAAUUGUUAUCACUUGUACAAACUAACGAACAAGAGAAAAUCAAAAAAAUUAAAGUUUUGGAAAAUUUAAAGUCUUCAUUAAUUGGGAGAUUGUUGAUGAUAUUAUUAUUUAACAGAAUUUAUGGAAUUGGUUAUAGAGAAGUUGAAUUUGAUAGAACAGAAUAUAAUAAACCUAUUUUGAUUAAUCCGAAAUUAAAUAUUUUGUGUGAUUUUAAUAUUUCACAUCAUGGUGAUUGGGUUGUGUUAGUUGCUGGAGAAAAUUGUCGAAUUGGUAUUGAUUUAAUGAAGAUCGAACAACCUAAUGCUGGUUAUAAUGUUAAAAAAUUUAUUACCACAUUUAAAGAUCAAUUUACAGAAAAUGAGUUUAAUCUAUUGAUAAAUAAUCAGCAACAACAUUACAACAAAGAGGAAGUGGAAAUUCGCCAAUUGCAAAGAUUUUAUAGAUUUUGGUGCCUGAAAGAAAGUUAUGUUAAAGCUGUUGGAAUUGGAUUAUAUUUAGCUUUGAAUUCAUUUGAAUUCAGAUUGGAUGAAAAUGAAGAAAAUCUCAAAAUUAAAAAAGUAGAAGCUACUUAUGCUUGUGAUGCUUCUCCAUGUAAAGUUCCUGAUUGCUUCUGCGUCUCACAGAAUCCUCCUGUCGGCCUAGCGCUGGAUAAAACACCACAAUUUGUGCUUUUAACUUUUGAUGAUUCAAUUCAAGACCGUAGUGUGAAAGUUGCAUAUGAUCUUAUUGGAGAUAGAAAAAACCCAAAUGGUUACGCUGAUCAAAGCAAACUUCCUAAUGAUGUUAACUCUAAUGCUAGUAGCAGCAAUAAUAUCACCACCACACCUAGUGCUACACCUUCUAACAAUAGUAAUAAUCCUCAAAAUACUACAAGUGAUUCUACAAUUAUAUUUGCAAAUACUA